GACUGGGAAGUAAAAGCUUUUUUUUUUUUUGCUGUCCUGUCAAGUAAUGGCUGUGUUUAGUAAUAUCCUAGCUGUACUGUAAACAUUUCCUGUUCUGCAAUGUCAGGAUUUGUUUUUUGAGCUUUUUUGGGGGCGAUUCUAUACUUUCUCUCUGAGGAAGUGUCUAAAAUAAUAGGGCUAAUUUUAAUUUGUGUCUUUCCAAGCUGCAAUGAGUGAUGUCGUUGAGAAGACACUCACAGCUCUCCCGAGUCUGCUAUCGCUGGACUCUCAACCAGGGGCCGGCAAACUUUCAUCUACCUCGAAAUUAGGACAGUUCAUUAGAAAUAUCACUGAACUGACAUCGAAACAUGAAGAGGAGAAGCUUAUUAAGAAGGAACUUGCUGUCAUCAAAGAUCAGGUGUCUUCACCUUAUACGACGAUGAGACAGAUGAGGGAACUCAUGGUAAGAUCAAUGUACUGCGAGAUGCUUGGAUAUGAAGCCUCCUUUGCCUACAUCCAUGCUAUCAAACUGGCACAACAAGGCACAGUACUGGAGAAGAGAGCUGGUUACCUUGCAGUGUCACUGUUUCUUAAUGAGAAUCAUGAACUGCUGUUGCUGCUAGUUAAUACAGUGUUAAAGGAUCUUCAAAGCACCAAUAUCAUUGAGGUUUGCAUGGCUCUGACUGUUGUUAGUCAAAUAUUUCCUAAAGAUAUGAUUCCGGCUGUUCUACCACUGGUGGAGGAGAAGCUGUCACAUCCAAAGGAAAUCAUAAGGCGGAAAGCAGUGCUUGCUUUGUACAAGUUUUACCUGAUUGCACCGAAUCAAGUUCAGCACAUUCAUGGCAAGUUCCGGAAAGCCUUGUGUGACAAAGAUCCGGGUGUCAUGACAUCAUCCUUACACAUCUACCUACAGAUGAUACAGGAGAGUCCAGACAGCUACAAGGACCUGGUGGGCAGCUUCGUGACCAUCCUGAGGCAGGUGGUGGGAGGCAAGCUGCCGCUUGACUUUAACUACCACAGUAUUCCAGCUCCAUGGUUGCAGAUGCAGCUGCUGCGUAUCCUCUCCUUGCUGGGUAGAGAGGACCAGAGCACCAGCGAGACGAUGUACGAUGUCUUAAAUGAAUCGCUGCGGAGAGCAGAAAUGAACCACAAUAUUACAUAUGCUAUUUUGUAUGAGUGUGUCAAGGCUAUUUACACAAUACACCCCAAAGCUGAGCUGCUGGAAAAAGCUGCUAAAUGCAUUGGAAACUUUGUGCUGUCUCCGAAGAUCAACCUAAAGUACCUGGGUUUGAAAGCUCUGACGUAUGUAGUUCAGCAUGACGCCAGUCUGGCUCUGCAGCACCAGAUGACUAUUAUAGAAUGUUUGGACCACUCGGAUCUCCUCAUCAAGAGAGAGACUCUAGAGCUACUUUUCCGGAUCACUAAUGCUCAGAAUGUCACUGUGAUUGUGGAGAGGAUCUUGAGCUUCCUGCGUCUCUGUAAUGAUGACUACACCAUCAUUGAUCUUGUGGGGAAAGUGGCAGAGCUUGCUGAAAAGUAUGCCCCAGACAACGAGUGGUUCAUCCAGACUAUGACUGUGGUGUUUUCUCUCGGUGGUGACCUCAUGCCACCAGACAUUCCCAGCAGCUUCCUCAGACUGCUUGCCGAGGGGUCCCAGAGUGAGGUGGAUGACAGGCAGCUGAAGGUAUAUGCAGUGAACUCCUAUUUGUCAGUGUUAAAUGAUGACUGCUCUCACCUGCCCCAACGCUUCCUGCAGGUUAUAAGCUGGGUGCUGGGAGAGUACUCCUACUUGAGGGAGGGGCUGGAUCAGGAGGAGGUCAUCUUGCUCCUGAAGAAGCUCCUGGAUCAGAGAGGAGUGAGCGCGGAGACCCGCAGCUGGGUGCUCUCGGCCCUCACCAAGCUGUGCAGGGGCUCCGGGCGGGCAGAGCUGGCACUGGCAGUAGCAGAGAGCCUCUCCUCCACCCUAGACACAGUGCUUCGGCAGCAGGGCCAUGAGCUGCGCCACCUCAUCCAGGACGGGAGCCUCCAUGCUCGGGUGCUGCCCCAGCCUGCUCCUGCCAACAGCCUGGAGGUCGACUCCUCGCUCUCCUUCCUGGAUGGUUUUGUGUCUGACGCUCUUGCAGCAGGAGCCGCUCCAUAUAAACCACCCCACCAGAGGCAGGAGGAGCUGGGUCAGCAGAGAGCCCCGACUUUGGAGCCAUAUGCACUGUCUCUGCCCAUGAGCCUGUCGUCAUGCACCGUCACAGACAGACAGUCUCCCAGCGUGUUGUCCAUGAGCUCUGGCCUCUCUGCCAACAGCACUGAGCCAUCCCAGAGGGCAGGUGUGGCCACGCUCAUGUUGGAGGGGGUGAAGAGAGUGUGGGGGAAAGAGGGAUACCUGCCUCAGAGAGAUACUUCAGAAACACCAGCCACAGUAGAGGAGCCUAGUGAUGUAGUUCAGUCCUCCCACCAGCAAGUGGUGAUAGACAUCUCACAGCCAGAGCCUGAACCUGAGCCGCCACAGCUGGACAAGAAGCAGCAACUGGCUUCCUCUCUGUUUGUUGGUCUUGGAUCCCAGAACUCUGCAUGUUUGUUGGGAAAAACGGAAGCUACAGUUCCCCGCUUCAGAAGGAAGCCCCACCUAAAUGAUGCAUCAUCAUCAGGCACCAGUGAGAGGUCCUCUGACUCCUCCCACUCCUCCCACAGCACAGCAGACAGCUUCUUGUAUGGUGGUCUGCUAGAGGAGGAGCCAGCUACACCCAUACAGAGCUCACGCCACGCCCCACAGCCUAUCGCAGCCAGUGGCAGCUGUGAAGCCAGGCAGCACGGCCUCACAGUCAAUGGUGUGGAUGAAAACAGGGGUGGUGCUGUUGUCUGUGCAAAGGAGGAGAAACGAGCGCACCCGACUCAGCUUAUAGAAAGUGAUAUGGUGAGAGUGAGACCCAACGCAUUAGCAGAAGGUGCCGUAGUACCCCCUCAAAACUGCAGCAGACACCUGCCGUCCACCUCCUCCUGUGGCUCUGACUCUGAAGUUCUUAAGUUGCCCUUUGAACUACAAAACCUGCCUCACUCUGACAUCAUAAGCUUGAUCUCUGACUCCCACCUGUGCAUCUCUUGCUGCCGUGUGUUCAGAGAAGAUGCUUUGCUGAUUGUGCUGUUCCUCUCUAACUCCACGGAGAUGGUGCUGUGCGACGUGGCCCUGGAGCUCAGCUGUGAGGAGCUGCAGAUGGGCAGUCUAAGAGGAAAUGUGAUGGAGAGUAUGGCUGGCAGGACUUCAUCUGUGUGCCAUUAUACUGUCUUUAUGGAGAGACCUCACACUCAUGUACCCUUCACUGGCACGGUCUCAUACCAAACACAGCCUGGACACAAACACACCCUGCACUUUUCUGGCAAGCUCACCACAGCUGACUUUAUCAGGCCCCUGGUCCUAAGCACCGAGGAGUAUGGGAAACUGUGGUUGUCCUUCUCUCAUGAUGUGAAGCAGAACCUGAGACUCCUGACAGAUGCUGGAGAUCCUCUCAUAGCCACACUCAAUGUCCUGAAGGAUUGCCUCCAGCUUCACAUAGUAGACAUUAUUGGUUCAGAGGGUAUUGUGGCUUGUCGUUUGCUCGAUGGCGCCCCCUGUCUGAUGCACUGCCGUGUGCACGGUGCCUCUCUAGCGGUUUGGCUGCGUUCCUCGCUGUCUAGUUUCCCUGACUGCCUCCUCUACCACUGCCAGAGAGCUCUGCAAGAACACUGAGAUCUAGAACUUUCUGGAACAUCCAAUCCACUGCAAUGAUUUACAAUCUUCCAUUCUGCCAGGAACAUGGAAUUCAAAGGGCAUGUGCUAAAGAAGCCCAUGUUUGUUUGUGAAGCAGAUAGUGUUUUUCUUUGAAAUACUGACUGAUCUGUAAAGCAAUAUGUGUAUUAUAUCACUCUAAUGCGAAGCUUUAUUGUCUAUUAACAUUUUAAAAAUUUAAUUAAAUUCCUGGGGCUACAGUGUUGUCUUAUUACAAGUGUGCGUGUGUGUAUGUGUGUAUAUAGAUGUGUGUAUGUGUCUAUAGAUAGAUAGAUAGAUAGAUAGAUAGAU